CGUCUACAAUACAAACUUGACAAUGAGUUUGAGCUGGUGUUUGUUGUAGCAUACCAAAAAAUAUUACAAUUGUCCUAUGUAGAUAAAUUUUUAAACGACAUCCAUUUGGAAUUUAGAGACAGAUUUAAAAAUGAAUUGGAAAGGUCUCAAUGGUUUUAUAAUUUUGAAUUUCAAAGUAAUUAUGAGAAUAUACUUGCUUUGGCUGAACAAUGGGCACGAACACAGGCAAAAAUACCCAAACAAAUGCGUACAUUUGAUGAGAGUCAAAAAUCCAAAAAGACUGUGGCUAGCAUGAUUGAACGGAAGGAUGAUAAAGAUAAUAAAAAACAGGGUAAAAGGAAGAAAGGACUUAAUACUAAUAAAGAUGAUCAAAUAAAAGUUCAGGAGGUUCCAAAACAGGAUCUACAGAAUAACCAAACGAAUAAUCAUAAUCAUAAUGGGGAGAUAGAUGAAGAAGUUCUAAUCGCGAACCGUUUAAAAUUGGCUCAGAAACUGAGCGGUCAAAAAAAGAAAGUUGAUAAGCAGAAGAGCCCUAAACCGGAGAAGGCUGGCAAGAAACCUCGUGUGUGGGAAUUAGGUGGGACCACCAAGGACCUAGCUAUCUUAGAACGCACCAAAGAUAAGCCAGAAGAAAGCGGAGAUUACGUUGCAGCUGAUACAACAUUAGUGGGACGGAUGAAGGGUGGUAUUCGCGACUUAGAAGUAGAAAGCGAAUCGGAGGACGAAUCCGACCAGGAAAUUGUGAAUUCCAAACCGCAAGUACAAAAGAAAUCUGGUAGUAUGUUCUCCAUGUUCAAGAGCUUGGUUGGCAAUAAGAGCUUGAAACACGACGACAUGGCCCCGGUUUUGGACAAGCUGAAGGAUCACCUGAUCUCGAAGAACGUAGCAGCUGAUAUCGCUCAAAAGUUGUGCAGCUCUGUUGGCGUGAAAUUAGAGGGGAAGGUACUGGGUACGUUCGAUAGUGUGGCGAGCACCAUCAAAGCGAGCCUAACCGACGCACUAGUGCAAAUAUUGUCCCCGAAGAGGCGCGUCGACAUUUUACGAGAUGCGAUGGAAGCUAAAAGAAAUAAGAGACCAUAUGUGAUGACCUUCUGUGGCGUUAACGGGGUAGGAAAGUCGACGAAUCUUGCGAAGAUCUGUUUCUGGCUGAUCGAGAACAAUUUCCGUGUUCUGAUUGCUGCGUGCGACACUUUCAGAGCUGGCGCGGUUGAACAGCUGAGAACUCACACGCGCCAUUUGAACGCUCUGCAUCCGCCAGAGAAACACGGGAAUCAAACUAUGGUUCAACUCUAUGAAAAAGGAUACGGCAAAGACGCGGCUGGCAUCGCAAUGGAGGCGAUUCGUUUUGCCAAAGACUCGAAGAUUGACGUGGUCUUGGUGGACACUGCCGGCAGAAUGCAAGACAAUGAGCCGCUGAUGAGAGCCUUAGCCAAGUUGAUCAAAGUGAACGAGCCGGAUUUGGUUCUUUUCGUCGGCGAAGCUCUUGUUGGGAACGAAGCUGUCGAUCAAUUAGUAAAAUUCAAUCAAGCGUUAGCUGAUCAUAGUCAAUCUAACAAUCCUCAUAUCAUUGACGGGAUCGUGUUGACUAAAUUUGAUACAAUCGAUGAUAAGGUUGGCGCGGCGAUUUCUAUGACGUACAUUACCGGGCAACCAAUCGUUUUCGUUGGCACCGGACAAACGUACACGGACCUGAAAUCAUUGAACGCGAAAGCUGUAGUACACGCCCUGAUGAAAUAAUUGUUGAUUCUAUUAAUAAAAUAUUGAACUUGAUCAUUCUGAGA